AUCGUCUCAUUUCAACAUUCAUCUUUUACUUUUCGUUCUGUUCACAGGUCUAUUUAGAAACUCAAAUACAACAUGACCGGUCGCGGUAAAGGAGGCAAAGGACUCGGCAAAGGAGGCGCUAAAAGACAUCGUAAAGUUCUCCGAGACAACAUCCAGGGUAUUACUAAACCAGCCAUCCGUCGCCUAGCUCGUCGUGGCGGAGUCAAGCGUAUCUCUGGUCUCAUUUACGAAGAGACUCGCGGAGUAUUGAAGGUUUUCCUUGAGAACGUGAUUCGGGAUGCUGUUACAUACACUGAGCACGCCAAGAGAAAAACAGUAACAGCAAUGGACGUGGUCUACGCCCUCAAGCGGCAGGGCCGAACUCUCUACGGUUUUGGCGGUUAAUCAUGCCUUCCCGCUGGAUGGCAGAUAUUACUUCACUUCGUCAUCACCAUCGUUCUCAUUUUUAACUCUGACAAACGGUUCUUAUCAGAGCCACAAAA